GUUGAUCAACUUUCCUCUCAGGUCGAAGACAACACCAUCUUCUGUUUGCUCGGGCACAACGGCGCUGGGAAGACCACCAGCAUGUCCAUCAUGACUGGCGGCCUCCUACCGGACUCAGGCUGGGCCACGAUAGCAGGUCAAGAUGUAGUUCGAGACAAGGCCAAGAUCCGGAAGAGCCUGGGGGUCUGCCCGCAGUUCGAUGUCCUCUACAGCGAGCUGUCUUGCUGGGAGCACAUGCUGCUGUACGGGGGGAUGCAGGCAAUGGAACAUCAGCAGUGUGAGGAGGAGGCGAGGAGGCUCUUGUCCUGCCUGUCCUUGAGCAGCAAGGCUCAUCAGAGGGCGGGGUACCUCUCAGGAGGGCAGCAGCGGAGACUGUCCUUGGCCGUUGCACUUAUCGGAGACCCGAAGAUAGUGCUGUUGGAUGAGCCCACCACUGGCCUUGACCCGGACAACCGUCGGAAAGUUUGGAAGCUGCUGCAAGCUCAGAAGCAGAAGAGUACCAUUAUCCUGACGACUCACAGCAUGGAGGAGGCAGACUUGCUCGCCGACACCAUCGGUGUGAUGUCAAAGGGGAAAAUGCAAGUUCAGGGAACGAGUUUGGAGCUGAAGCAGGCAUUCGGGACAGGAUACAUCCUG